CGCAAGACCGACUUCCAUAGAGCAUGACUGCCACAUAUCAAGUGUUGCAGCUGCUGAAAAGGAAAAUAUUACCUGUAAUAUGUGUGUAUACAUAACAUCAUGAACGUCUGCGGAUGCCUGCCAAGCUUUCCUUCAUCUAAGAACCCUAGAGCUGCAGCUUCAGGGUAGAGUGUAGCCGGACCUCCAGGACUGCCUGUGGACGCUGUAUUUCUACUUGGUCUCCGGAUAUGGAACACCCACAAUCGAGUGAUAAUUGAUAAAGUUGUCUGCAACACGUCUUGCCAUCGGCGCAGAUAUAACGGCGGAUUUCUAGACCAAGGUUGCGAUAGCAGAUGGCACGGUCAUGUCAUCGGCUGCCCAAGCGCGAAUUCAACAAGAACAUGACAACAUGCGGAACAUGUUCUCGCAGCGACAGAUUCGCGAUGUCACCAACGCAUUUGCCGAAGCUUCAGGACUCCUUCGGCCAGGUGAUCUAGUCAUAGAUGCGGAGUUUACGCUGUUCGAGGCUGUUGGCGCUCUCGAGGUCUGUUAGAAUCGAGCUGAAGCGUGAUGAAGUCGCUCAAAUUCGCCAACAGAUUAUGGAUCCGAAGAUGGAUAGUGGCAGUGUUCCUCUUGGUGACUCCUUAGAAGCCGAUUUUGACGUGUCGAAAAGCCUUUCUGCGUCUGAAGUCAUGUGGAUUAUGGAUGAGCUUAUCAAGUUGGAAGCGAUGUUCUUGCUUGGAUAUCCUCUUUCUCAGAACGUCUUCACGUCCCUGCAUGUCUUUCGAUUGAUAUCGCCAACAAAUUCGUACCCGUACAACCUCCAACAACCUCACACGAAAAAUGAUCUGAAGCAAGACGAACGUACUCAUCUGGUUCUAAACAUACUUCGUGCUUACUGCAUUGGUCUCAUCAAAUCUGUCCAAUUGAUGUUACGACUGAUACAAUCGCAUGUGUCUUUCGAGGAGGAAGAUACUGUCACCUAUCUUUUCGGCCUAGAAUUGCUGCCAAGAUUAGAGGUGAAAGAGGCAGUAAUGCUCGUUGCGGACAGUAUCAAUUGGAUAGAUGAAUCUUCGUUUGAAGAGAGCACGAAAAAUGCCUUGAGGGCCAGGCUCCUGCUUCGACAAGAGACACUAUUUGCGCUUGAAGAAGGCAGUCUGGCAGGGUGGCAGACAGUGAGGCUUUUGAUGAAUCAACUCGACGACAUUGAGCAAAAGCUGCAGCCGGUCUCUGCCGCUUUCUCGGACAAAGUCCAACGUCAAUUGGCGACAAGCACACCGCCGAGAAUAUUGCCGACAAUGUCCUGGAAGGAAAGCCGGGCAGUUUGGCUCCACAUGUGCGAGGAUGUGAUCGCAGCUCUUGAGUUGACUUCCGUUUGGGUCCGACAAAAUCCGCAUAGCCUCCAAAGAGCCACUUGGACAUUCGCCUAUCGGUCGCCCAGCCCAAACACCUACGCUCGCGCCAAAAUGCAAGAUAUUCUCACUACAGAGGACAGAGUUGCGAACGAUGUUCCGCAGUUUGAUCUAUUACUAGCUGACAUUCGAGAUCUAGUUCUCGCCGGGGAUCCCCUGGGUGAUCUCUCAUCAUUCCAGGUCGAGGACACUGCCGACAUCCGUUAUCAAGCUUCAAGGAUAAUCGAAGGCUUUAUGUCCAGAGCUUUCAACGACUAUCUGAACUAUUACAGAAUUCUUUGCCUGAAUCGUUGCCGCACUCGUCGACGUCUGACACAGUUCCUUUCGGCACUCGCAGAUCUCGAGUGCGAUGCGAUUGAAGCAGAUUCCCGAUUGACGCAACUCAUUACUCCACGACAAACCACUGAUAGCCUUGGUGAAGUGCACCAAUUACAGCCAAUGUCCUUGUGGGUCACCAUUUUCAGGAACCGCAUUGCGCAAUAUGUCAUCCAGCUUGGCUUUGAAACAGACCUAUACCUGCCUGACGAGCUCAGCACAAUUUACAUGGUCCUGACAGAGGUCGCAGAGGAGGCCGUUCGUGGUAUCUCGCGUUCUGAAAUGUUCAUGAGGGACAGGCUGGAAAGACUACAAGGGAGCGGUAAUAAUGACGCAGCGGACGAGUGCGAAGUGGCAUUGAUCCAUUUGGAAAGUGUUAGAGAUCAACUUGAAAUCGUCUCGGGAUUAGCUACUUGCCUCGCAGAUUUAUACAUCUUGCUUGAAGAGACCGGCGUGAUCGGCACCGCAAAUCAGGACUACACGCCAGCAAGCCUUAGAUAUGAAGCGCGAAUGAAGCCGUUUCUCAGAGCCGAGCCUCAUCGCUGGCCUUCUUUGGCCGAUAUGCAAAAGGCCAAGGAUUCCAAAAAGCUAAACCUAUCCCAGAUUUGCGAGACCAUCCCAAACUUCGUAAAGAAGGCAAAGACGUUGCUGUCGAAGCUCAAGAUGUACACGCCCGUGCAAGCGAGAUACAUCGGUACGGAAACAAGCUGGCAGAAGGACAUCAAGCAGCUCGAGACCGUUUGCGUUGCAACAACCGUUGUGGCAUCACAACUGAAUUCGAUUUGCAAGAAGCGAGGAGUGCUCGAUGCAUCAUAUCUAGGGGAUAUCGUGGAGCUCGUUGUGCCUUGCAAGCGCUUUCACGACUGGUGGACGGUGCCGCAAUUGCGGGAGAAGACGGGCUGAACAGAACAGCAAAUAAAAUUCAAUGCUUGUGAUAGCUAUCGUUCACGCGAUGACAGCCGUCAGUCAUGUUCACACUGCCUGUGCGACAAUAUGCAGAGAGCUAAAUCCGAAGAAAUUGUCACCUGGGCAUUUAUUUUGUGCGAAAUUCAGCUCAUGCCUGCCUGAUGUGUGGCCCAACUGAACAACCGCUCGAGAUCCGCGAGAAAUUUCAAUCAACCCGUGGACAUCAAGUGCUGGGCUCAGCUUGCGCCUUUCGCCCACACGCGAAAGCGUGCUGCCGCGUGGGAGAUUUCUUUAGUACGCUUAGUUCGAUCGCAUGUCACUAUGUGUGGUGGGGUGACCGGCCGAUUUGGCCGUUUACAGGUGUAGUCCGAAAAGUCAAUGUCGGCUAGAUAUGUUUUUCUUCUUUUAGACCGC